GUUUUCCACUGAAGAGAGAUCAUCUCCUUGACUCUGGACGUUGCUGAUUGAGUCCCUGAACAGAGCCGAGGUUGUUGUAGUGAAUGCACUUUGUUCUAGAGCAACUAGAGAGAAAACCAAGAAGGUAUAUUACCUACCAGUACCUGGGAUUAAGUCAGGGAACAAGAGAAUUUUCAAUAUGGCUUGUAAAAACUGGAUAUUAAUUUCUACUCCUACACCCACAAGUCUGGAAGAUGAAAUUGUGGGAAGACUUCUCAAAAUUUUGUUAGUUAUCUUUGUUGACGUAAUGUCUAUUAUAUAUGUUGUUCUAACUUCUUAG